GUUGUUAUAGAUAUAUGAGACAAGACAAACUUAUUAUUGGAAAUUUAAUUUCCCAGUUUUAAAAUUUUUAUUUAAAUUUCUGCAUAUUUAGUCCUUCAGUGCAAAUGAGCUAACAAAAAAUAAGUAAAUCAAAUAAAUUUCUGUAUAUUAGGAAAGUAUGAUAAAUUAAGACUCAAUGAAAAGGUGUUGGCUCAACUGGGGGGUUGGAACCUCUCAGGCAGAGGCUGCAGGAAGGGGGCAGCGACCAACCCUCUGGCCACCCAGGAGUCUCAGGGCCCCUGUGACCAGCCAGCCGACCACUGGGUCAUGGUGGGAGCCCAUGUGCUUGUGCGUGAUGAAGGAGCAGGAGAUGAACUCUGCUCUCCCUAACCCACCGGAAACCAGAGCGUCCUCCUGUCCAGCCACACGUGCCAGGGCAUGUGCGUCUCCAAGGACACACCACACGGCGCUAAUCCUACAGCAGGCUUCACCAUGUAGCGGUACUCCAGGCUGUCAUUCUCAGAAAAUGGAAAGAGAGCAGGGGCCGGGAGGAAGGUGCAGAAGUGAGCCCGAGCACGGAGCGAGGCAGGAGCAUCGCGUCGGAGUGGUGGCCUGAAGCCCCCAUGCCCCGGCAGAGGGACGGACAGGCAGACGUCUAGAGGAGGAGCCAAAGAUGCUGACCAGGAAGGUCAGGCUGUGGGACAUCAACGCCCACAUCACCUGCCGCCUGUGCAGCGGGUACCUCAUCGACGCGACCACGGUGACCGAGUGUCUGCACACGUUCUGUAGGAGUUGCCUGGUAAAGUAUUUAGAAGAGAAUAACACCUGCCCGACGUGUCGGAUCGUGAUCCAUCAGAGCCACCCGCUGCAGUACAUCGGUCAUGACAGAACCAUGCAAGAUAUUGUUUACAAAUUGGUACCAGGCCUCCAAGAAGCGGAAAUGAGAAAACAGAGGGAAUUCUAUCACAAACUGGGCAUGGAGGUGCCUGGAGACGUCAAGGGGGAGGCUUGUUCUGCGAAGCAGCACGUGGACCCCCACCGGAACGGUGAAACCAAAGCAGAUGAUAGUUCAAACAAAGAGGCCGCAGAGGAAAAGCCAGAAGAGGACCACGACUACCACAGGAGUGACGAGCAGGUGAGCAUCUGUCUGGAGUGCAACAGCAGCAAACUGCGCGGGCUGAAACGGAAGUGGAUCCGCUGCUCCGCCCAGGCCACAGUCUUGCACCUGAAGAAAUUCAUCGCCAAGAAACUUAACCUUUCAUCUUUCAACGAGCUGGACAUUUUAUGCAACGAGGAGAUCCUGGGCAAGGACCACACACUCAAAUUUGUGGUUGUCACAAGGUGGAGAUUCAAGAAGGCCCCUCUCCUGCUGCACUACAGACCCAAGAUGGACUUGCUGUGAGCAGCACCCACGCCCGCAGACUUGGCCCUCGCACCCCUGGGCAUCCUGUGCAGGUGUCCUCGUGGCCACACGCUUCAGAAUGUUGCCUCUGGGUGUCGUGUGGACCAGACUUCUGAAUAGAGAAUAUUUAUAACUUUUGUAUGAGAGAAUUCACACUCAACAAGACACUACCAGCACCACGUUUACAGAGGAUGAAAACACUUCACAGUUUCGUGUAGCUGAAUGAUGCUCUUCUCUUUGCUUCAGAUUCACAGACCAGAGUCAUAAAUGUAGUGUGACAUGGUUUGAAAGUCACCUUCCUGACACAGAUCACCUUUGCUUGUUUCCAGGUCUCGAAAAUCUGAGUUCAUUUCAGUUUAGUUUAUGAAUUAGGUUAUGAUAAGCCUCAGAAAUACUUGUACUUUUAUAGAAUCCUUCGUAAGUUAUUGAAAAAAUACCUUUUCAUGGUGAAUGACGAUAUUUAUGUUGCCUUUAGCUUCCUGAAGACUUGGAAGAUAUAUAAAAGUUUAAUUUAAAAGCAUACCAAAAGACGUUUCCAUUAAUAUUAUGAUUUAACCACGGUAUUUAAUUUUCCACCUUAUGAAACACAACAAAGACCGUAGCCCCUAACUCGUUAGCCUUUGUGUCGUGUGACGUAGGCUGGUCAGUGCAAGGACUCUCUUGGGACACACGCUCAGCACAGGCCGGGCGAGGGGGUCCCUGCACCCGCCACAGCCCAGUCACGGGCACAGGUCGCGAUUUGUGACACACUCAGCAGGGUAGACCAGAGGCAGUUUAACCAGGUCAGUGCUGGUUUGCAAAACAAUUCUUAUUUUUAAAAAGUUCUUUAUUAAAAAGGGCACAGAUUGUUCAGUGCCAUCAUUUUAUUUCCUGCUUGCUCUUUCCCGUUUUCAUUUUGCUGAAGAGAGAGACGUGGCGUGCGCGGUGGGCUCCUUCCCUGCCAGGCCCCUCCGCCGCGGCACAGAGCGUCUGGCGCCACGGGGAACGUUCGCUGGAAACAGCGUCAGGUUCAUACAAGAAGCGCCCAUGUGCAGUGGUGGCUGGGCCAUUUCUGCAGUUCUCCCCUCCCCCCUGUUGGUGGCAAUGGCUCCUGUACUGUGGCUGCUGCCAGUGGAAGGUGGCUUUGCGAGCGUCGUGGAGGACGGGACGGGCAGGGAAACUGCUCCUGCCCCCCAAGGAGCCGCCUGUCGGUCACCGGCGGUGCACACUGCCAAGCCCCUCUCCUCCCACACGUUAAUAUUUUUGUCAAAUCACAGAAUGACCUCUUUGCCAGCACAUGAACAUUUUUUCCUUUAAAACUGUAACUUGGGAUGUAUAAAGGCAAGAAUGAGGAGAAAGGAACCAUUUCUGGAGCAGUUGACGUGUUGUCCUGCAGCCUUCAUUGUAAUCUCCACCUGGAUGUUCCUGUUUGUUUCUUGUCGAACCUACAACCCCUCCCCUCCUCCUCCUUCCCCCGAGACGUAGAUGAGCAGGUCCUGCCGUCCGCUCCCGCUGGCCACCAGCCAGGUUUUCCGUGAAGUAUUUCACCUUAGAGGCGAGAAUUGUUUCUUGACUUUGUUUGAAAGUUGUGGUUGUCUCAUGGACACUCAGCUUUGCUCGUUCUCUUCUGCUUCCUGUUAGACGGACAUGGGACGUGGGACGGUGGGACGGCAGGAACAGCUGCGGGUGAUCCAGCGUGGGGACGAGGGCACGUUCAGAUUAGUUCCAUCCAAGCAAUUUACAUUCUAAGACCUUCUUACAACAUAAAAGCAGAUUCUUUGUUAGGAGUUGGUCAAAAUUCACCUCUAUUUAAACCCAUUAACUUCUGGGACUGUUGGAAUUAUUCAGUUACCUAAGCUUGCUGUUCAUCCAAAUCAUGGUUUAGAGUUACUACAGGGGUUGUGAGUAGAUGUGUCUGAGUAAAUAUUACCUGUCUACCUCAAAAUAUACACACUGCUGAAGCAUUCUGUAAAACCAUGUAUUAUCACAAUGCAGUUUUCGGUGUAACGUUAGAAUUUAGGUAUUUUCCUGUGUGGUGAAACUAAGGAAGGAUUAAACGGUUUUGAGCCUCCAAAUUCAAAUAAAAUUAAUUCACAGUUCAGAUUAAACUUAGUAUCACUGUAAUAAUCUCAUAAUAUAUAUUUGUAACUUUGUAGCUGUCUUUGAAAUCACUUGACUUUGCUAUGGUGCUAAGUUGAUAUAUUUCCUACACAGAGAGGUGGGGAUGAGUGAAGCCAGUGUUAACGUCUCCGGCUGGUGUGACCCUGCUUUUGUAAUUGUGUUAACCUGACAAAACCUCAGCAGCAAAAGUACCUAUUUUUCUAAGAUUUCAUCAUGCAGACUGUCUCACUACAGGACAAUUUCCCUGGUGACCUUCUGCCUCUUUGGUCUGACUUCGUAGCCUUAUGUGGUUUAGAGACUGGAGCAUGAUGAACCUCCGGCAGACGGAAGCUUCCGGGCGGUCUCCUUUCGUUUCUGUCAAGCUCUCAUUUAACAUCAAAAGACUGAAUUUUAUUUUUUCCAGCAUGAAAGCCAGGAUCAGUUAAUAACUGGAUCCUAUUAAGUUUUUAACAGAUGGCGUUACUGUGAAGUGGUUUUCACAACCGUCUAUGCUGGUAACACAAGCGCUGUUAAAUUACCUUAGGCAUCAUCUUCAACAGUGGGGCUGCUUACCCAGAAUAUGGUCUCACUUGAUACAGUUUUCAUGAAAAUAGAAAAUGCAGAUAGAAUAUAUAAUAUUGAAUUUAAGAUUUGGGGGGUUAAAAAAGAAAACGUAACUUUAUAAAAUUAUUUAUUCUAUUUUAAGCCUUCUAUCAUAUUUUCCCAUCCAAUUGUUUGGUUUCAGUGGUCCAGCUUUAUUUACAGGCAUAUAAAAUGAAAUUGUGAGAUAUUUUGCAAGCUUCUUUUUACUUUGAGUAGCUUUUAAUUUGUAUGUUUUUGUUUUAUAUGGAUGAAGAGCAUCUUUUAUGCUUUUGUGCAAUAGGUUCCAACAUGCAUUUAUUAGACAUCUGUUUAAAUUGUAAUGUAGCAUUUAUUCUGCUAAAGUGAAAGGGAAUAUAGGUGGAAUUUCAAAAUAUGUACAUUCAGCUGUUUGGUUUCUCCUUUUCCAUUGUUACUAUGGUAAGAAUGCUAUUAUUGGGAGAGUGUGCGUGCGAGCGUGUGUGAGAGCGAGCCUGCAGCAGUAUUUACAACAUGCUCUGGCCAGGCAGGAAGUGGGCUGGGUGGGCUGACCUGUGGGUCUUGCUUGGGCCCUGGGGGUGGGGACCAGGACAGAGGGUGCCACCCUUCACAGGCCCGAGCCCUCCUUUGAGUUGGCCUCUGAGCCUGCGCACAGCAUUCCCAGUCUUUGGAGAUUCACUUGGUUUUUUUCCUCAAAGCAAACAGGAAGGCAUUUUUACAGUGGUUUGAAAUGUGGCAUUGGAUCGAAUGUUCUAGGAAUGAGCCAGCUGAUUUCUAUAUUGUACGUGAAUAUUUAAUGUGCUCUCAAACAUUGAAAAUAAAUUUAGUGCAGAUAGCUAAAUCACAAUCUGAUUCCUCUGUUUUCCUCAGGAAAUCAUCUGAGCUCCACCACAUCACACGUGACCUUAACAUGAUAAACAAAUGUAUUUCUCUGCCUUGAUAUUUAAUAAACUGAGUAAAUAAACUGAGAUAAGUAGAUUAGAAGAUCAUUCAGAUUCUGCCGUAAUCUUUACAAAUGCCUGGCGGGGAACAGCCUUGAGGCUCCGAGUGGGGACCGGAGAGCGGGUUCCCCGCCCUUCGGAGCAGCUCGCUGGUUCCCAGGGGCAGCUCGUCUGGAGGAGGAGCUGAGCCCGAGCUCCCUGAGGCCUGCCGUGGCAGCUCCAGCAUAAGGGUCUGUCCGGUGGCGCAACUGGAUGUCAGAAACAUGGUUCCCCAAAUGAAAGUAAUGUUGGGUUAAGGGACACUAAGCCUUUAUCAUCAGUGUGUGGCAAACAGAUGAAAGCUGCCACAGUUUGUGGAAAUGGUAAUGCAGAUACAUAUUUUUGACUGUUUAAUUUGAAAGUUUACAUUUUUUAUGCUUUGUGUUGAUGUGUAAUUUUUGUACUAUUGGUGGCUAGUUUUUGUCUAAAAUCUUUUUUGGAAUAUCGCUUAAAUGUUUUGAUUUUAUGAUAGUGAAGCUUGUAUUCAGUGUUUUGCCAAUUAAUAUUAUAUGCUUGUAAUAAAAGCAAAACAAAAAUC